AUGAAGGGCCGGCCAAUAACCAUCAGCUUAGACUCAGGCAGUCCUGCGACGCGGUCCUUCGAGAAAGAGAGCCAAGAUGGUACCAGCCCGGCUAUACCAAUACCAGAUAGCCCCAGGAGCGAGCGCAGUGGCAGCGAUGUCAUAAGCGUUGCUCCGAGCACACCAGACAGCAGCUCACGAUACCUGCAGUCCGAGCGAAGCUCGGGCAGCCAGCUCGACUUGUCGUACAAGCGGGAUGGAGGCCUCAACCGUAUGGGCCUGGACGCCAUCUUGAGACAUCAAUUCGGCGAGGACAACCUGGAGUCGGCUUCUGCAGAGCAGGACGACGAUGAGAUGACGGGCUCCAACGAGACCGACAAGGACUAUUCGCAGGACUUUUCCGUCUUUGUGGGGAAGACCGGCAGGAUGUUCCGCAUAGUGACCAGUGGCAGAUUUACCGGUUUCUUCCUGCUGCUCACCCUGUACACCUUCUACGUGCCGGACAUAGAUGUUAUCUUCGGCAACAAGCAGUCAGAGACUGUGGUUAGCAUCUCCAUGACCGUGACGAUGGUUCUUUUCUUGGUGGAGUUGGUGGUGAAUAGCCUCGCCAAGCCUGGAUACCGUUUGAGUUUCUCCUUCUGGCUGGACUUUGCAGCUUCGCUAUCCCUCUUGCCUGAGACCUGGAUGUGGAAGUUGCUCUUGUCCUCCAACUUUAUCGUCGCGAAUGAUGAGAGCCUGACGCAGUACCUGAUGCUCGUUGCACGGUCCUCCCGGGCCUCGCGCCUGCAGCGCCUCACACGUCUGAUGCGCAUUGCAGCGCUGCUGCCGCGGCUCACCUCCCUUUUCCAGCGCAGCAACAGGCAGCUGGAAGCUGACGCACGCAGCCUUUUAGAUAAGAAGCUGCACCGGAUCUUCGCGUACUUGGAUACGGACUACGAUGGGAAGAUCUCCACUCAUGCACUCAAUGCAGUGCUGCAGCGCUUCGAUUCUGCGCAGAGGAAGACCGUCGAAUCGAACCGCAGCAGCGUUUUCCAAAAUCUGCCCUUCUUCCGGAGCAAGAGCUCCGCCGGGACGGCCUCGGCGCUCCCCUCUGCCGCGCGGACACCCAUGUGCGAGUCCGACCAGGAGGAUGAGAAAGACGCUCCGCCAGAGUACUCGCCUAAGGUGAGCCCUCAGAAGCUGCGGAAGGAUUCCCUGGCGUCCGACAUGGAUGCUGCCGUGGAGACGGCCCAUGUCCACAGCUCCAAACACCUUCGCUUCUCCGAGGUUGCGGAAAUCUCCCGCCCAGUCUUGAACGACAAGUCUGUGGAGGAAGACGAGGCAACUGGCGUCCCAAUGGGUCUCCUGGAGGCGCCGGAGAAGCCCAUACCACGGCAGGUCAGCAAGGGAAGCGAGGAUGGUUCCAACUCAGACAUUCUCGCCGAUGAGGAUGUCAGCCGCAAUGUCAGCAGCAUCAGCUUCGUUGGGGUGCACAGCCAGAAAAGCGAGAGGAGCGAGCGCAGCGACGACUUGCCUGUCGCUGAGCGGAGCAUGAACCACAAGACCACGAAGAUGUCCGUCAGCUCUUGGGUUUCGGAGGUGGACACCGUGACCUUCGACGACUUCAAGGAGCAGAUCCUCUGCGAAGAAGAUACCGAACGACAGCUACUCAGCGUCUGUAGGAGCAAGCUCAUGAAGACCUCGUACAUGUACUCGGACCGUGUGAAGCACAUGGAGGACAUCGGUGUGAAGGUCGCCUUAGGCGUCCUCUUCAACAUCCUCAUCGUGUCCCUGCUCAGCUGGUCCUUGGAGGACAACACGGCGAAGUACAUGUGCGAGAUGCUCGAUACCCGGGCGACGUUGCAAUUUUCGGAUUGGAAUCAGUCCUAUCUACCCUACCAGCUGCAGGAGGACGUCUUGCUGUGGAGCCAGGGUUUAGACGACGAGCCGCCAGAUCGGAUCCCAAUGAGACUCAUCUUCCUCGACGUCAUGCAGAGAACCGUCUGCAAUGAGCUGGAGGAGGAUCGCUUCCUCUCCUGCAACGAAUCGCACGCGAACUGGCCUUGGCCGCCGCGAGGAAGCCUGCAAGUUGUGGACGAGGCAUUCCGGAACUCCGUUCAUCGUCAGAAUGACGUCGUUCUCGUGAGAGUUCCUUUUGAUUUCGAGCCCCUGGACUCGUUGGGUUCUCUAGAAGUGACGUCCCUGGCGCUGCUGGAUGUGCGGUUCCUGCAGGAGUACAAUGCUUGGUUUUCCAUCAUUGUGACCACGACGGCGAUCAUCCUGAUCAUCGUCGGCAUCUUCGCCUUCACGCGAGAGAUUAGCACCCUCUCCUCGGGCCUCCUGCGGCCCAUCCGGCUGCUGGCAGAUGACAUGCAGAGUGUCACGCAGAUGCAGUUGGCUGGGUUGUCCGGCGACAAGGCGGUUGCGCACUUCGACAAAGGUGUCGCAGAGAUUCGCCUCAUGAACAGCAUCUUCGACAAGACGAAGACGGCUAUCCGGUCUUGGGGGAAGUACGUCCCAUGGCCCGUGGUCCAAAUCCUGUUGGCGGCAGGCAUCGACUCAGCUCUGAAGAUCGGCGCGACCGAAGUGACGAUGUUCUUCUCCGACAUCGCAUCCUUUACGACGAUUGUGGAGAAGCUGCCUCCGGAGAGAUCGUUGGUCCUCCUGAGCCGCUACUUCAACGACAUGUCGCAGGUUAUUGACAGCCAUGGCGGCAUCGUGAUUGAGUUCAUUGGCGAUGCCAUCCUCUCCGUCUUCGGUGCGCCCUUGCGGAACCCGCAGCACGCCGAGGCCUGCGUAAAAGCCACAUGGAGAAUGCUGAAGUCCCUGGAUCGUAUCAACGCCUGGGCGAAGAAUCGCGAGCUGCCCCACAUCGGCAUCCGCUGUGGGGUACAUACCGGUGAGGUCUUGGUUGGCAACAUGGGCUUCCAUUCGCGGAUCAAGUACGGCACGAUGGGAGAGAACGCAAGUAUUCCUUCGAAGCUGGAGGAGCUGAACAAGACGUACAGCACUACGAACCUGGUGUCUGAGGACACCUGGCUGAACAUGCCGUCUGGCUCCUUUGUCAUGAGGCCGCUGGACUACAUCUACCUCAGGAGUACCGACCCAGAGCCGUCGAUCGUUUACAACAUCCUGUCUGCUGCCGAUGAUCGGAAUGCGAAAGUGGAGGAGUUCCGGCUAACUUGCAUUAAACGGAAGAUGGAGUCCAUCAACCGAAGUGCAAGAACGGAGCGGUCGGAUGAUUGGAUUCGGGACUCGGUGAUGCAUCUCUCUUUCAGCCGGCAGGACGAUGCGGAGCGCCAGGCUUACCGCACCUUGUGCAAGGACUUCUGUCAGUCCCUGGAAACUGGAGCUGUGAACCAGCAAAACUUGCAACAAGAUCUUGCAGUGCCUCGUGUUGAGUUUUUUCGACAUGAAGCAGCGAGAGGAAUGCCAGUGCUUUGA